GAAAAAUCUCCGUGUUCUAUCCCGAAGCCACUUGAGUUCCCAAACACCAGAUUCAUCAGCCCUCUCUCCGAGACUAGGGUUUUAAGAGAACGAUUCCGAGCUAUUUCACUCGAAUUCUCAUAGUCAGCCAUGGACGCUCAACGAGCUUUGCUCGACGAACUCAUGGGUUCAGCUCGUAAUCUCACUGAAGAAGAGAGAAAGGGGUACAAAGAAAUCACCUGGGAUGACAAAGAGGUCUGCGGAUUGUAUAUGGUUCGGUUUUGUCCCCACGAUCUCUUCGUCAAUACAAGAAGUGACCUUGGACCAUGCCCCAAAGUUCAUGAUCCAAAAUUGAAGGAAAGUUUUGAGAAGUCCCCAAGACAUGAUUCAUAUGUGCCGAGAUUUGAAGCAGAACUUGCUCAUUAUUGUGAGAAGUUGGUGAUGGACUUGGAUAGACGAGUUAGACGAGGGAGGGAACGCCUUGCUCAAGAAGUGGAAGCUCCUCCACCUCCUCCCAUCUCAGCAGAAAAAUCUGAGCAGUUGUUAGUGCUCGAGGAAAAAAUAAAGAACCUUCUCGAACAAGUGGAGACACUUGGGGAAGCUGGCAAGGUGGAUGAAGCUGAAGCACUUAUGAGAAAGGUAGAGACACUUAAUAUUGAGAAGACUGUUCUGACUCAGCAAUCCCAGAAUGAGAAAGUAUUAAUGCUUGCACAGGAGAAAAAGAUGGCUCUUUGUGAGAUAUGUGGCUCUUUUCUAAUUGCCAAUGAUGCAGCAGAAAGGACACAAUCUCAUGUUACUGGCAAGCAGCAUAUUGGUUAUGGCAUGGUUAGAGAUUUCCUUGAGGAGUACAAAGCUGCAAAGGAGAAGGCCCGUGAAGAGGAGAGACUAGCAAGGGAAAAAGAAGCAGAAGAGAGGAGGAAGCGAAGAGAGAAGGAAUAUGAGAGUAGAGGUAGAAGGAGUGAUUCAGCUGACAGGGGCAGGUAUCGUGAUCGGGAUCCAGACAGAGAGAGGGAGAGUGGGAGAUACCGCGAACGUGAUCGUGACCACGAAAGGAGUGGUAGGGGAAGCCGGGAUGGGGGUAGAGGGCUGGACUGGAAACAAAACAGUUACAGGAAUGGAAGAGAUGGAGGCAGGGAUAGGUACCAUGAGCGGGAGCGUGAUAGGAGCAGAUCACGUUCCCCAGCUAGGCACAGUCACAGGAGGUCAUCCAGAAGUCCAGUUCGCCCAUAUUAGUGGAUUGCAUAGAUAGAUUUCUGAACUUUAAAAGUCAAAAAGAGCUUUAUUGAGACUUUUAGCAUCUCCCUACCAUCAAUAUAACUAGAGGAGAAAGGGUUGAGGUAGGUAUUACUUCAUUGAUGUGACUUCUUUUAUGUUCUAUCUCAAGCUAUUGUUGAACUUAAUCUCUGUUGUGGAUUACCUUCGAAAUAUUAUUUUAAAAGUUACUAUCCCUCCUUUUUUGGGAUAUUUUAGUACCUUACCCUCAACUAGGCAGAAUCCAAUUGAUAUGCAUGGGUAAUACUGCUGCUGAAGGGAAUGGUUGUUUUCCAACUUUAAGGUAACCGGAAAUUCUUUUGAUUCCACAGGUUAAUUUCCUAUUUUUAUCUUGUACAUCUGUUUCUUUAUAUACUGAUCAUUCAGUUGACAGGAGAUGAUGCUUUUUGCAACUGUAAAAUCAUAAAGAUUUUCUUUCCCUGAUUAGUGCGAACAUGGAUUUCCUCUUUUCUAUUGUUAACUCAGCAGGAGAUUUUUACUAGUUUGCAACUUUGAAGUAACUGAAAACUGUAAUGGAUUUAUAGCCUGGAUCAUCACGGUCUUGAUUUUUCUGCAUCCUGAACAAUCAGUUGAAGCAAAUUCUUGCUUCUUGUAGCUGAACUUCUAGUUUGUUUAUAAGCUUCGAGAAUGUCUUUUUUUCUGUGAUGAUAAACUCGCCCACUCCUCCACCAGCCGUUCAAGAGAGUGGAGUACUAGUUUGUUGUGGCUCCAGCAAUAAUCAUACGAGGGAUUGAGGAGCUUAUAGGAUAGCUUGUUCUUGCUUAAGAUGUUUUCUUUGGUUAUAGUAUUAAAAAAGUGUCUUCUGGUUUUUAGAACUAGAUAUUCUGAUUACAUGUAUGGGAAACUGGUUUUGAGAAUAGUUUUAAAAUGUCUUAGAACUCUUUAGCUUAGGAAAUAAUAGGAAGAUAUUGAAGAAGUGCUGUUUAUAUUGUUUCUGGUUCCAAAAAAUAAAACAUAAAAACCCCAAAUAGCCAUUGGGUUUAUGUAAUUUCAGCUUGAAAUGUGAACUAAGCAAGCAGUCCAGUGCAGUGUGUUAUGGCGCCUUCGUCAUUCUUUUGGCAGGAAUGUUAUUCUUUCGUUCUCACCUGACAAUCUAUCUACUACAGUGGACUGCUCUUGGCAGAGGCUCCAGCCCAGGCUUUGGACAAAAUUUUGGAAACGCAACUGAUAUGGGUAAAUUGAGCAUUAAAUCUUCAUGAUGCAUGGCAUAUUUUUCUGUUAAGUUUGCAGGAGCCGCAGUGUGCUCGGUAAAGAUCCCUUUUUAAGGUUGGGGAUUAAGUUAAAAGAUGGGUAAGCAAAUCUUUUUCCAAUUUUUGCUACGAGAACAGACAGAUUUUUGGAAGAGGAAGAAGCGUAAUGACCGACUCAUACUGAAGUGAGGAACAUAUCAUGAGAGGUACCAUUACAAACCACGAAGCAGGCUCUCUCUCUCUCUCUCGCACCCCAGCUGCUCAACUAUGGCUUUUAACCCUUUUAGUCUCUUCUCAUGGGACCUUGGGUUCUAAAAUCAUUCAAAUUUUGGCCAUGUGCCGGCAAUUUUUCCGUUUUCCUCGGUUGCCCGGUACCCAUUAUUUACUGUUUUAAAGAGCUGAGAUGGUGAUUGGCCUUUCUUUGUAAAUUUAAUUCAGACAGAAUAAAUAGUAUAGCGGCCGGCGAUGGUAUUUCAUAA